AUGGAGCUGGUCGUUUGCCAUCUGCUGAUCACUGCUCUCGCUCUCACAUCUGCAUUCCAAACUAAGUUGAUAGCAACUUCCAAAGUCCUCCUCGAUGAGAUUAUCAAUGGACAUGACGAUUCUUUGAAAUGGUUGGCUGAAUUAUGUGAUGACUUUGGACCACGAAAAACGGGUUCCGACUCCUUGGAAAAUGCAAUCGAUUGGGUAAUGGAAUCAUUGCAAGCAAGUGGUUUUGAAGUCCAUUCCGAGCCCGUUCCUGGAUUGCCCAAUUGGACCCGUGGUGACGACUCGGCAUAUAUCACAGAGCCACGACAGCACAAACUCAACAUAUUGGCCAUUGAUGGGUCUCCUCCUGGCCUAGUUGAAGGUGAAGUUGUUGUAAUACGGGAAAUAGAAGAGUUGAAGAACAAAAAAGUCAAAGGGAAGAUCGUCGUCACUGCUCAGAAUUGGACCAGCUAUGGCAAUGCAGUGAAAUACCGACAUCUUGCUAAAGAGGUAGCGAAGCGAGGAGGGCUGGCAUUACUGGCGAAGUCAGCUGCACCGAUGUCUCUAUACACAGCUCAUACGGGAGCAGGAGCUCGAGGUUCCCCCAUUCCGGCGGCUUGUUUGACCAUUGAAGAAGCAGAAAUGAUUUCAAGGUGGUAUGAUAGGAAAAAGAAAGUGACAGUCAGGCUAAAUAUUACAUCCGCCGAGUCUCCGGAAAAAGUCAUGAGUCGCAAUGUCGUAUUCGAAAUAAGAGGUUCUUCCCACCCUGAUGAAAUCGUGCUCCUGUCCGCCCAUAUUGAUUCCUGGGAUGUUGGGCAGGGUGCUCUAGAUGACGGUGGUGGCAUGGCAGCCAUGAGAGCUGCAAUGUUGGCCAUCAAACGGCUUUCCCAAGUCAAUCUUGAUUUCAAACCGAAAAGAACUAUACGAGGGAUAUUCUGGACGGCCGAGGAACAAGGAACUCUUGGAUCCUCCCACUACUUUCACGACCAUUCAAACGGAAAUGAACGUUUCGUGUUCGCAUCGGAGAGUGAUCAAGGAGCAUUCCGACCAUGUAAUUAUCGAUCUAGACUACGGUACCAAGGCGACAGACGACAUAAGUCGUUGAUUGAGCAAAUAGUUUUGUUGAUGAAUGCAAACGGAGUUCCGCUACGAGUUCAGAAUAGCAAUGAUCAGGUAAGAAACGACUACUAUUUCAACUUCCACCACUCCAAUGCUGAUUACGUGUCAAUAUUCAAAGAAGAUGAUAUCAAGUACACGGCUGCCAUAUUCGCCGUCUUAGCCCACAACAUUGCCAAUAUGGAAGAAUGGUAG